AUGGAAUCUAGUCCUCGAACAGCUUCGAUCAUUGUUAAUGAUCUUGAACAACGUCUUAAAAAUCUUUAUACAACACGUGUACAUGAUGAAUUAACAUUAAAUAAUCUUGAAUUAUUACUUAAUGAAUGUUCAAAUCAAUUAAAUCGUCUUAUAUCUUCAUCAGAUUCAACAUUAGUUGCAAUUAUUCUUCCAUGUUUACUUCAUACAAUUAUAUCAUUAUCAAAAAUUUGUACAGAAAAAUCUGAUAUUAUUAUAUCAGGAUCAUUUUUAUCACGAGAUCAACUUAAUUUAUUAAUGACGACAACUAAAACAUUAUAUAAUCAAAUAAAAGAAUUUAUUAAAUCACCUAAUCUUUCGACAAUAUUAAGUAAAUCAACUGAACGAAGACAUUUUUGUGAACAAUUACGUCUUGUUACAGAUUCAAUUGCUAAUUCUGAUAUUGUAACAACAAUGUUUUGUCAAAAAUUAAUUGUUAAAAUAUUAACAGGUAGUGAUGAUCAACAACAAUUAUCACAAAUUCAAAUGGAAGAUACAAAUGAUGGUUUAAUAGUUGCUGUUUAUGGAAGUGUAUUACAACAAAUGAUUACUAUUUCUACAAAAAGUUCACGAGAUAAACCAGAUAAUAAUCGAGAAUCGGCAACGGUUAAAAAUACAAAUUUAUUAUCUAAAUAUUCAGAUAAUCUUUAA